AUGUCCUCGUCGUCCGCAACGGCAGCAACGUCUCGCUCGCCGUCGCCUGCGACCCCCGCGUCCUCAGACUCGCUUGACACAGUCGCUGUUGAACCCUCCGACCUUACCUCCUGGUACUUCUCCCUCCAGAACGACAAGCCUUCCUCAGGCGACCCCUCUCCUCUCUGGGGUGACCCCUCCCUCAGCUGCUCUUCUUCGAACUCAAAGGAGGACGAAAACAUUCUAUCUUUGGAUGAUCUGAUACAGUCCCAUGUUUACGAAGACUCGCCUUCUGGCAACCUCCCGUUCCAAACUUCACAUUCUUCACCGUCGGAAGACAUGGACUCUUCACAAUCUCCCGAACAGUCUUCGGAAAUGAUAUUCAAAGAAGAGUGCCCGGUCCCGACAACUCUCCCUGCCCCCGAACACGUUCCUCAGACUAAACCCAUCCCCCCUCCUGCCUCGCAACCUCGUAAGCGCAACGUUUCUGCUGCCUCUCAGACCGUGGUAUACCCACCGAAAGAAUCAUGCUCAAAUCUCCCUGUCGUCUUGCCGAGCAUCCCAUCAGCCGGCACGAAGUCUCGCGUAGAGACUCAAGUUCGCGUCACUGUCGAUCUGGCGCACGCGAGUUCGUCAAGUGGUCAGUACGACCGUGUAGGCUCGUGGAAGUGGUUGCAGCUCCCAAAGGGCACAGCGACGAAGAAACGAACGCGUAAGGAGGGGAAGAUAGAACCUACGCCCGAGGAGACGCUCUACCUAACGGUCGAGGUGAACUGUGCUACUUCCCCGCACAUGCGCGUUCUUUGCUGCUCAAAUUGUCAAAAUCGAGAAGCUAAGCGUGUGGCCCGCAAAAUUGCUGCUCGCGUUCGACCCCCACGUUCUGACAGCGAAUCCCCAGAUGUUGACGACGUUUGUGAGGGCAAGACCGGAGGUACCUUUAGUAUUAUUCAAUUCAAUUGCCCCCAGGUGCUCGAUUAUUCCACCGGAUCCGCCGUCCUCCCCCUUCGGAUAACCUGUUAUUGUCGCCAUCACAAGGAGAAAGUUGGUUUCAACGUCCGCUUUACAAUGCUAGACCACCAAGGUCGGAUCGUGGGAACUGGUGUCAGUCCUCCAAUCAUGAUCACGGACGACCACAAGAGCACCGGAGCGCUUUCCAAAUCAUCCACGACCCUCGAACUCGACGGCGACUGGCCCCGAUUUUCCUCGCAGGGCGAUGGCGCGGAAAAUACGGGUCCUGUUAAACGGAAGCUCGCUGAUGCUUCGGAGCAGAGCAAGAAGCGAAUCAAGGGCGGUCCUGGAUCGCGACCGACUCGCAAGACCAGUGCGGCCCACUCAAACUCCCCGUCUGCUUUCAGUUCUGCGCUACCCACGAGGACCGUGACCCCCCAAUUCAUCAAUUCCGGUCCACCAAGUCAGUUCACGCAUACAGCGCCUUCUACUCCUCCCAUCGGCAGCAACAGCUUCAUCUUCCAGCAUGUGGAGUCCUUCAAUCCGUCUCCCAGCAAUCAUGUCUCUUCUCCGAACGAUCAUGACUCUGGUAUUGGCUCCGAAGACAUGCAGACUUACCAAGGGCAGUUCGAGGUGGAUCCCGCCAUCCAACGCACUGUCUCCCCUUCAUCUUUCAUGGCGUCAGACCCUUCAUCCCCGGAAGCCGUCUCUCAACCGAUGCUCGCAGCUCCAGUGGCUCUUCAACCCAUGCCGUUCAUGUUCUUCCAUUCGGACCCACCACCGCCCGUUCCAAUCUUACCCAAGCCGAAGAUCAGCCGUCUUAUACCUUCUUCAGGCCCGACAUAUGGGGGCAUUGAAGUUACGGUACUCGGUUCAAACUUCCAUCCAUCCGUACAGCUUGAUUGUCUGUUCGGGGACGUCGUGGCGAGUUCGACGCAAAGGUGGAGCGACAACACGUUGGUAUGCAUCUUGCCGCCCAGGAUAUGCUCUGGGGUUGUGGCGGUGUGGUUUAACGGAAUUGAGAAGGACGAGGAUGGGACGCCUCCUUGUUUGUUCACAUAUACGGAUGAGUCGGACCGAGCAUUGAUGGAGCUGGCCCUCCAGGUCGUCGGUCUCAAGAUGACUGGCAAGUUGGAAGAUGCGAAGAGUGUCGCUAUGCGUAUCGUGGGGCCCGCAGGAGACAGUAGCGCGGACUCUAACUCGAACAACACCAUGAGCUUCGUCUCGAACGCGCUGGCCUUGGACCUCAAUACUCUGCUUCACGGGCGCAGCUUUGGCCAAGAAUUGGAAAGACUGGUGAUCAAGCUUCUUUCCCUUCUCGACGUCAAUAUGGGAACCUCCUCGCACUCGGUAUCACUCGCCUCAGCUAUCUCGCACCAGACUCAAAGCGGACAGACCCUGCUCCAUGUCGCCACGUUCCUGCGGUAUCCGGCGCUCAUCAAGUUCCUUGUCAUGCACGAAAUCGAUUUGGACGUACGGGACAGGAACGGGUAUACCGCAUUGCAUGUCGCUGGUUUCGUUGGCGCUAAGGAGUGUGCGAAGGUACUCAUCCAGGCAGGCGCGGAUGUAGAGAUCGUGGACGCGCUUGGAAAGACGGCGCAGGAAAUCGCAUCGUUUGACCUCGAUGAUCUAGACCAUAUCGGCGACGACGAGCAGCUUUCACUCGAAGAGGAUGUCGACGAAGAUGAAUCAAGGUGGGGCGACGCCGAAGAAGAGUCCGAGGAAGAAAUUCACAUUCGCCCUCGCAACUCUGUUAUUCGCCGUACUGGACGUCUGGUCCGACGUGAGGUCGAUCCCUUGACUUCCGAACCCUCUGACUCGGACGUAGUUACAAAGUCGAAGCCUAACGCGGAGAUUGCCGCCACCACCACUUCGCUAGAUGGGAAAGCACUGCCGCCACCUCCCGCUAUUGUCGACGAGAAACAAGCCGCCUCCUUCCUGGAAACGAUUCAUCGUACGCUCGCUCGUGUUCAGGCCACGCAACAAGGCCUCAUGCCACAUCUACCCCUCCCGCAUCUUCCCAACAUGCCCGGAGUCCCUUGGGCUGCACUCAACAACAUCCCUAUGGUCUUCCCAGUUUAUGUGCCCUGGCCCACCUCCUUCCGAGGCGAUGGAAAACGGGAGGGUGUUGUGGAGGGUGUUGCUCCCGAGGGUCUAGAUCAAUCUCCCAAAGGUUCCAUCCGCGCUCUGGCCAGUCCGCAGGAGUGGAGAGCGUUCUGGGAGAAGUGGACAAUGCAAGGCUUGCUGAUGCAACAGCGAGCCGUAGGAGCUGAAGCGCCGACUUACGAUCCUCCCCCGAUGUAUACGCCGAGGUCGACCGAUGAGACCGGCGCCCCUGCUGAGUCUUCUGGUCAGUCCAAAGCCGCUCUAGUGGAGGAUUCACCGGAGGAGACUUUGCCUGUCGCUGGACCGUCGAAUGUGGCGGCCGUUCCUGAGCGUCUCACUGCUAGCAGGAGGCCGGAGUAUGAGACUGUGAAAUUGACUGAUCAGGAGGUGAAUGCAUAUGGCUACCGUCCGGCGAAGCCUCAAGCACGUCAAUUGCAGAAGAAAGAGGAUCGCAUGCUCGUCUUGUUCUGGAUCCCCAUCCUAUUCCUGGCCUUACUCUGGGCAUUCUUUCACUGUGUCCGCAUCGCUGUACAUUCAGCAAGAGCAGUCACGCCACUGAAGGCGAUCCUGCGCGUCUGAGGAACCGAAGUCCCGGCGCGCCCAGGAAUGGUGCUCCAAGGUGUUGUAUUGUUUAGAUGUGCGAUGUUUCAGCCCCCGUCGGUUCUCCUUCAUGUUGGAUUUUUUAUUCUACCCGGUACGGAAGAGUUGUAGAUUCCCUAAAUCUUUACCUUUCUUUUCUUUUCUUUCCUCUCUGACCCCGAUUCAAUUACUACUCGUAUGCUCCUCACCUUUCGUAUGAUACAGGAACAAACAUUUGUUUAUAUGCUUUACCUCCUACCUUCGCGGUCUGUUUCGUCCCCUUUUGUACGCGUUAGAGUGCUCCUCUCGGUCUUUACGUUCUCGUUCUCGAUUUCUCUUUCUCAAAUUGGUGGACAUUUUCUAUGUGGUAUCCUACUUUCUUCUCUGUCGUAAGUUGUCUAAAUCUCGAGACUGACCGUCCUCCCAUCGUCCUUCCUUUCGACUCUUUUCCUUGCUGCUGACCUAUGUCGUGCAGGUUCCGGCCAACACAAUGUACCGCGUGAAGCUUAUGUUAACUGUGACUCUAGGUCUAUUGGAAUAC